GCCGGUGGUGCUUGCUGUGCCCGCGUGGAACCCGCUCAAGGAGGCCGGCACUUGCAGCCACACACAGAGGGCCCCUCCCUCCGGCCCGGCGUGGCCUGGCAUGGCUGCGAUCCAGCCUGGGCAGCCCGGCCCUUACCUGGAACCCCGAAUGGGACCCAGGUCUGCCUCCGAUUCGGACUCGGACAGCCCGGCCUCUGGCAGAGCCCAGCCCGAUACGGGCUUCUCGGCCCACUCCCAGGUCAUCCACAGCGGACACUUCAUGGUGUCGUCUCCGCACAGCGAUGCCACCUCACGCCGCCGUCACCACCUGGCCGAGCCACAGCCUCCCGCCCCCCCGAGCAUCGACCCCACCCUGACGCGGCUCUUCGAGUGCAUGAGCUUGGCAUACAGUGGGAAACUGGUGUCCCCCAAAUGGAAGAAUUUCAAGGGCUUGCAGUUGCUUUGCCGGGACAAGAUCCGCCUCAACAAUGCCAUCUGGAGAGCCUGGUAUAUUCAGUAUGUGGAACGCAGGAGGACCCCCGUGUGCGGGUUCGUCACUCCCCUGGACGGCUCUGAGGCGGACGAGCACCGGAAGCCAGAGGCUGUGGUGCUGGAGGGGAACUACUGGAAGCGCAGGAUCGAGGUGGUGAUGAAGGAGUAUCACAAAUGGCGGAUCUACCACAAGAAGAAGCUCCACAGGUUCAGCCAGGAAGAGGCGGUCCCAAGCCCCAGACCGGAGGAGCAGGGCUGGGCCCGGACGGACCACUGGUGUGACCAGCUCUUUUGCAACGUGGUCCCGAUGCUGCUGAGGGACAAGGAGGAAGAGGAGGAGCGGAGGCAGCUCUUUGACGUGGACACCUUCCUCUCGGAUAUCUCGGACACGCUCUUCACCAUGACCCAAGGCAGCGGCCCCUCCCAGCCCUCGCCAGAGGAUGCCUACGCCGGCAAUGCGGACAUGAUCCAGCCGGACUUGACUCCACUGCAGCCCAACCUUGAUGACUUCAUGGAGAUAUCUGAUUUCUUCUCCAGCCCUCGGCCGCUGCCCGCACAGGCGCCCCUGAGCUACCAGGACCCGCCCUGCUUCGGGCCCGGGCCGGAGACCCUCUUUGGGAGCAGCGACGGGACCCUCCUCCCCAGCCCUGAGGAUGGCCUGCUCCCGCCAGGCCCACCCGUCUCUCCCGGCUUGUCCGGCCCUCGUCUCCAGCCCGCAGGAGGUGGCUCCACCGCACUCCACUCGCCCGGCUCCUUCCUCAGCCCCGGCCUCCCUGCUGCCCCCGUGGCCCCAGCUGCCCCAGGACUGGAGGGCAAGCAGAAGGCCCUCCUGCCCCACUCCUGCCCCAGCCUGGACCACUGCGGGCCUUAUGCCCCCCCGCCGGGCCCGGAUCCAGCCUGCCCCUCGGCUCCUGCGCCCCGGCCCAGGCUGCACCACGCCCCGCUCCUCUGCCCCGCGCCCCCCACACCGUGCUUUCCCCAGGACUUGCCCGGCUACAGCAUGGCCCGGCCCCCAGGGUACCCCCCCCACUUCAGUGCCCCCACGCUGCCCCCGGCGGGCACUGCUGGACCGAUCCGGGCCAAGGGGGUCAGCAGCAAGAGGGCCCCCAGGAGCAUGGCCUCCCUGCACGGAGCCCACCCGAACCCGUGCCUGGCACAGCGGCUGACCCCAGCCAAAGCGGAGCCCAGCCCAGAGGCCGAACCUGCACCCAGCCCAGCGCCGCUCCCGGCCUUCCUGGAAUCCCUGCCAAACGCCUUUUUUGCAGAGUCCAGCAGGUUCGUGCCGCGCGUGUCUCAGCCAAGCCCUCGGCUCUCGCCCGUCUCCAGCCCCCCACAGCGCCUCCCAGCCUCCCCACCGGCCCUGCUCGUGCCCAAGGCGGAACGGCUCUCGCCCACCCCAGCCUGCGCCAGGAGCUGGCAGACGACUGGCUCCCUCGAGGGCCCGGUUUCCACCUCUCACUUUGCAUGUGGCCGGAGCAGGACCGAGCCCAGCAAGGUGGAGAGCCGGCGCAUCACACACAUCUCGGCUGAGCAGAAGCGCCGCUUCAACAUCAAGCUGGGCUUCGACACCCUGCACAGCCUGGUGAGCACCUUGAGCUCCCAGCCCAGCCUCAAGGUGAGCAAGGCCACCACGCUGCAGAAAACGUCCGAAUACAUCUGCAAGCUGCAGCAGGAGCGGGCCGCCCUGCAGGAAGAGGCCCAGCGCCUGCGGGACCAGAUCGAGGAGCUAAACGCCGCCAUCAACCUGUGCCAGCAGCAGCUGCCGGCCACGGGGGUCCCCAUCACACGGCAGCGCUUCGACCAGAUGCGGGACAUGUUCGACAAGUACGUGCGCUCAUGCACCUUGCAGAAUUGGAAGUUCUGGGUGUUCAGCAUCCUCAUGCGGCCCCUCUUUGAGUCCUUCAACGGGAUGGUGUCCACCGCCAGCCUGGAGAGCUUCGGUGAGACAUCCCUGGCCUGGCUGGAUCAAUGCUGCUCGCUCCCGGCACUUCGGCCCGCUGUCCUGAGCUCUCUUCGCCAGCUGAGCAUUUCCACCUCGAUCCUGACCAAUCCGGCAGAUGUCCCAGAACAGGCCACCCAGGCGGUGACGGGGGCUGCCCCCAACAGUGGCUCCUCCUAGCCUCGGGGGACGGAGCUGCCCGGACACCUGGGGCCCGCUGGACGAAGAAGCGGCCCCUUCUCAGCACCAGAUGCCUUCUGCCUCUGCCGCUUCCCUCCAGACUCUCCCGCAACCCCAGCGCAAGAUCCAUGGGCCACGUCCUGCCCGCCCUCUUGCCCCACCCUGCCCAAGCCACGCCUGUGUAGCAGUGAAGGAUUUUGCCCUGAGCUGGAUCGUCUCCCUUUGCCUACUUCACCAACCCCCUCUGCACUCUAUGGGCAACCUGGUCUCCCUGAGCCUGUGUCUGAACAUUGGACAGGAGACAGAAGGUGGACUUGAUGGCGAAAGGGUGUCCCAUGCAGAACAACACACCCUUUUGCCUUGUUCCAACAGUGGAACAAUCAGGAUGGCUGUCCCUGAAGAGCCACGUUGUGGACGGGGAAGCUGGUGGGCGAAGAUGCACCGCUGUGCCGGAAGAGGCGCUCUCCCAGUCCUGGUGUCCACCACGCGCAGCAGCUGCAGUCCCCACGUCCCCAGCCAGAAAGGUACCAGGCUGGGGAAGGCUUUUGCACAGCUUGCUUUCAAGCAGUUCACCAGACCAGUAGCCCUUUCUCCUCUCUACAGUGGUGGUCCCAAACCAUUUUGAGCUCCACCUGGGUAACUUCCAAAUGGGUGGAGGGAACUCUGUGGACAUAAUCUACCUCGAUGUUAACAAAACUCCCUGUCCCUGUCCCGCCUUUUCUGUGGUCUGGAUUCCAAAAGCCCCCUUAUCCUCUGUUCUGUGGGCCAGCAUCAGAAUUCAAUGAAGAAACUUCACAUCUGACAGUAUCUGCCUUCUUUAUUUUAGUAGCUUCUCUCCAGAAAUCCAGGUGGAACAUUUGUAUUCCUUUGUCCUGCCAGCUUAAGAGGCCCAUGCUCUCCCUCAUGAGUGUGCCUGGCAGGAAGGGAAAGGGGGGGGGGGGGGAAGCAGCA